CCGGGGUGACAGGGAGAGAGAUGUUUUGGGAGAAAGAAGUGUGAUUCUCCUUCAUUGACGCAGCAGAAUGUCCUAGUUUUCCCACGGCCUGUUGCAAGCUGGCAUGCGUGGUCGUUUGUCAUACAAAAAGUACAGCACAACCUGCAACACUGCUGUAGUUGGUUAAAAUAUGUCUGCUGAUGAUAAAAACAAGGCCACAGAGAGGCCUGACUCAAGCCUCAGCAGUGAUGAUGAUCCAAUCCUGGACUUUUCUGCAACACAAGUGACAAUGCCCUUGGAUGAUGAAGAUCCUCGGGUGCUUCGGGGACAAUCAGUAAUGUGCAGCUCUUGCAGGCUGUUUUCAAAGCCGAUGUGCACACAUAAUCAGCCAAUUCGGACAAGAGUUCUUGGGGGGCUUUCACAUGGCUCCUAAUCAUGUUAACCAUGGCUAUGAAGCACUGAUUCAGGAGGAGGCAACUGUUCAAGAACUCCAACAAAACCUGGGGGACUUGCAUUGUCAUGGACAUGCACCACCCAAAUGUAGCAGACGGGAGGCUGUCAUCAGGCUGGCAGCUCACAUCUGGCUUUUGCUUCUUGUUUAUGUUAGCUGAGUGGCUGGGUGGCUACCUGGCCAACAGCCUGGCAGUGAUGUCAGAUGCGGCACACCUGCUGAGUGAUUUUGGCAGCUUCCUGCUCUCCAUGUUUGCCAUCUGGAUGUCAAUGCGGCACCCCACCCGCAAGAUGACCUUUGGCUUCUACCGUGCUGAGGUGCUGGGCGCGGUGAUCUCGGUGCUCACCAUCUGGAUCGUCACCGCUGUGCUGGUCUACAUGGCCGUCGAGCGGAUGGUUCAUGGCAACUACGACGUGGAUGCCGACACGAUGCUGAUCGUGGCGGGCGUCGGCGUGCUCGUCAACAUCGUUAUGGGUGGCCUGCUGCACGGCCGCUGCUUCGGCUCCGGCUCACACGGCCACUCGCACGGCCUGGGCGGCCACGACCACGGCCACAGCCACGGAGACGGCGGCGCGGCGCAGAAUAUCAACGUGCGCGCCGCCACCGUGCACGUGCUGGGCGACCUGCUGCAGAGCAUCGGCGUCCUGGUGGCGGCGCUCGUCAUCAAGUUCAAGCCGGGGCUGGAGAUAGCCGACCCCAUCUGCACGCUCCUGUUCUCCGCCAUCGUGAUGGCGACCACUGUGGGCGUCAUGCGAGACGCGACGCAGAUCCUGAUGGAGGGGACCCCGGCUGACGUCCAGUACAGCGCUGUACAGCGUGACCUGGAGGGCAUCGAAGGUGUCAUUAAGGUUCACGACCUGAAUAUAUGGUCGCUGAGUGUGGACCGUAACGCCAUUUCGGCCCAUCUUGCCAAAGACACGGGCGCGGACAGCGACCAGGUGCUGCGCACGGCGCUGGCGCUGCUGCGGCUGCGCCACGGCAUCGCCCACACUACCAUCCAGGUGGAACAGUACGACUCGGCCAUGGACCUGUGCGACGCCUGCCUGCUGCCGGCCCGCUGACGGCGGCGCUGCGCCCGCGCCCGCGCCCGCGCCCGCGCCCGCGCCCGCGCCCACGCCCGCGGCUGGCACCGGUGUGUUGGCAGCGAGUGUCCAGUCCAGUUCGAAGAAAGCGAGCAGAAGAUACUGUCGCGUUAAUUGUUCACCUUGUGGAACGUGAAGACAUAUUGCAAUCCUGUUACUCAGUACUCCCAAUGGCGUACUCCAAUGACCAACUGAUGACUUGUCUUAUUACUCCCUGCGGCCUGACGCAGCCUCAGUUUCCUCCCUUCCAACGGACACCUGUGAUUACCCGGUAGAUUACGGCCACUGUGGCAAGUCCCGCCGUGGCGCUGGUGUGUUACUCCAGACCUAUUCCGCAUGAGAUCCGCAGUGACCGGCCGUUCGCUUGACGUGAUUGCCAGGAACAGUGUGCUGUGUACUUUAGUGUGGCGUGUGUGGCGCGGCGUCGUGCGGUAAACCAGCGCCGGCCUUCGCCGCUCCCAGGGCAGGUGGUCAGAUGGUGCGCGCGACUAUGUCUCGUCUGCAGUGAUGGCGGCUGGGAGUGUGCCUUGCGCUUCCCUGGGGCUCGUGAGCUCGUCCCAGUGGCGGCGUGACCAGGGAGACGCCGCUCAAGACAACCGCCCAGGCGGCUGGUCGCCCUGUACGGACCAAACUUAUGUAGCCAUGCAACUAGCUUUAUAUACGGGAUUAUAGCGAUGUGGAUUGCUGGCCAUUUCGGAUCGUGACAUGCGGGUGAAAUGCACUUGUUUGGCGACUCAGCGGUCGAGGGCGCUGCAAACUCGCGUUGUUAACGGUAUUUUGUACCAUUCCAGAAUACAUUAUCCGUUUUUCGUU